AUGGAGCAGCACUUUCUCCCAGUCGUGAAGCCGGCUUGGGACGCCCAUGACUGGGCGCCACGGCCCCAGCCUGCGUGGUUGCUGGUGUCAGAAGAGUCCGCUGGGCCGGGGCCGCUCCCCCUGUUCCCGGCACUGGGAGAGUCCGCAGACCACCGCGACGCUUACCACGGGCAACUGCUUUCCAGUCCUUGCUGGAGGCUGCCCUUCAUCCAUGAAGGGUACACACUCCUCAGCGGGGCUCAGAGCUCCUGGGGGGCAAGGCCAGUGCAGCCCAGUCUGGGCCCCUGGCCAGAGACCCCAGAGACCCCAGAGACGCCGGAGACCCCAGAGACCACAGCCGACCCCGCCCGAGAGCGUGAGCCCGAGAAGGAAACCGGGUCCCAGCGGCUGUCCCUGGCCCCGUCGCCCAGCGCCGGAGACGGACUGCACAUCGCGGGGACCUUGGAGGACGUGCGCCCCGCAGAACGCCGCCCCGCGCGGGCACGGGCCGGAUGGCGCGGUCCCCCGGACUUCUCCGGCUGCCUGCGCUGGGCCCGUCGCGCCGUCCGCAGGGCUGCCGGCUGCUGCGGGGUCUUCCUGGACGUUCCAGAGCCUUGA